AUGGACCUGGACUUCAGUGAGGUGGAGCUUACUCCGCCGCCCAAGCAGAAGAGCUGCCCGGGGACAGGCAGCAAGGAGUCGGACAAGUGCGACUCUGCAAAUUCAGUGGGAAGAAACGAUGACUUCAUGUCUGUGUGGAAGGCUCAAAAGGAGGUUUUCCAAACGAAGUGUUUGUUGAGAAACAGUUUGGACUCUGCCGAGCUCAACAUCCUGAUGCCCGAUCAAAAGCACAUCGCUGAUCAGUCCUGGGUUGUGGCAAGCAAUCAGGGGCUGCAGUGCGUGGCUUGCCAUCGUGCUGGGCUGCAAGGUGCUUGGGCCGAAGGGCGUGCGGGCAGAGAUGUGAAGGAUCUCCGCUUGUGGUUCCUGCGAGGCCAUGAGUCAAGAAGCAAGUCCCACAGACAAGCAGUAAAAGCCAUGAUCGGUCUUUCGGCUGAGCUUCCAGGAGCCCCGCCGCUAGUGGAGUUCCAAGCCCUCCUCAAGAGUGCCAUGAAGGGAUCUUCAUUGAGAGCUUCUGCCGAACACGGGUGCAUGAGCGACAAGGUGCAGCUGAUGCACUGGUGCCUGCACGAGUGUGUUCUCCGUCGGGAGAGGCAGGCGUUUGGAGAUGCGGAGACGGUUUCUUUGUGCCGGGAUGCCCGGCGAGCGAGGCUGUUGAUCAGGUACGGAUUGUGCACCUCCACUUUCCAAUGUCAUGCUGGCAUUCUGGGCAUGACGAAAGGUGCAGGAGACAGCUCCGCCGAUUUGGUGGGUGCUACCAGGCAGAUUUGCGAAGACUUCUUCACAGAAUAUGCUCAGCCCCCUCGCUGGUACGAUGGACCGCCUGCCCAAUUGAAUGAAGCUGCUCUCAAAUCUGCCUGCAAGCGUGUCGAACUCAUGAUGACAGAUGCUGCCAGUAAUGAGUUAGUGGCCGGGCAAAUGAGCAGGGGGCAUCGCGACAUCACCAUCGAGGCAGAGCAUAUCCAAGAGCCGCUCUUUCCCGCCAUCAAGGUGAUUGGGCGUGAUCACGCCCAUGGCUUCAGACGUGUGCUCCAGAAACCCUACUUAGCAGACACAGUCCUCAAUCAUCUUAUGGAAGACAUGGUCUUGUCCAAGAAUGCCAUGGUGCAGGUGGUGCACAAUUCCUUUGACUUUCAAGAGUGGCUGGCUGCGGAAAUCAAGCUUCAGGAGUGCACUGAAGGCUUUGGCGCUAGAGCCAGGAACAUGAAAGCUGCAAAACAUCGCUUCGAGUCGCACAGCACUCCGUUGGCCAGGCUUCUUCUGUACCUUCCGUCCUUCAUAGCCGUGACGCAGCGGGUGGCCCAGACACGAUCCGGUUCGAAUGCCGGAAUGGUCGCCGCGGACUGGCUAUCGAACAUCACCCCCAGCAGGCUUAUCAUGCUGGGGAUGCUGUGUGAUGCUAUGGAUGAAGGUUUGUUCCUCAUCAGGCUGGUCGACAAGGAAGACAUAGAUUUGGCGGAAAUCGGACAUCAUGUGCACAACUUUGCUGAGCGUGUGGUGUGGCUCUUCAUCCGUGGGAACUGCAAGGCCUGUGGCUUCACGCAGUAUGUCUUAGAGUUGCUGAAGAAGGGACUCAUCGUGUUCGACCCCAGAAAAGGUGAGGCCAGGCGACUUUGCAGCUUGGACGACGAGCACAUCCAGACAUCGCUGGCGAGGAUGGCCUGUUGGACAAAGCUUGCCCUGGAGGUGCUGAAAACUGAGUUCCCGGACUACGGUGUCUUCCAUGCCAUGGGUCUCUUCUCGGUUUCAGGUCUCCGUCAGGGCCAUCUUCCGUCGUCGCAGUUGCAGGACACAACUCAAGACAUGGCCAGGCGACUAGCUCAAGUCUUCAAUGUGAACCCCGUCGGCUUGAUGGAGCAGCUUUCCAGGCUGCGGCCUUUGGCAGUGAACAUGGUGAAGAAUGGCUGUGAUAGCAGCAAGGAUGCAUGGGCGCAAGUUAUGAAGAAAACACAGCAUCGCAAGUCCUUGCGUGCAUCCUACCCAGCAAGCGACGUGCUUCCCGUACUGCUUCGUUACUUGGCAUGGCAGGCAUCGACGAGCGGUCUGGAACAGACCUUCAGCCGGCAGGACCGCGCCCAGACUGCGAAGUCUCCGGCUUCGGUGGAACAUGAGGUCCGAGCCAUCAGGCUCGCCACUUUGAGCAUCAGCCCUGAAGCUGAGAAGACUCUAUGCCAAGAGGCUCAGAAGCUCUAUUCGGAAUGCUCUCCAGGGUCGGCUUGCCGGCAGAGAGGCGCAGCCCGUGUCGACAAGGACAUCCGCCGUGGCACCCGUGCCGACGCUGAGUCUCAAGCCGCUUGGCUCAAGAAGCGACGAACGGAUGUCCAGGAGGGCGUGGAUCGUGAUCGGCAAUCAGCAGAUCUGGCUUUUCCUUCAUCUAUGGAGCUCGAGACUUGGGAUGAGGGCCAUGAAGAAGCUCUGCAAAAGCAAAAGACUAAGCAGGCGGAGCGCCUCCUGGAAGCCUACGAGGACAAUCUCUUGCUGGACCGCGAGAUUACAAACGAGCUGAAGGAGAACGCUGCGAGUCACAAGGCCAAGGUGGCCAGGCUGGAUGCCACGUUGAAGAAGAAGCGACAGAAGAAUGAAAAAGCUGCUUCCAAAAAUCAUUUGCAGCUGUGCUUGGCCGAGUUCCAUGGCACUGUUUGGCGGUUGGCGGAAGAUGCAUUCCAUGACGUGAGCGCAAUCUUGAUGGCGAACAACAUCAGCCUUCAGAAUUCUGACGAGUGUUGGAGCUCAGCAGAUGUUCUCGUGGUGAGAGAUGCUCUUGAACCGCCAGAGCCUCUGGCGUGGGUGGCCGCUUUCUUUGGGAAGACUGUUAUGGAAGUCAGCGCGAUCACGGACAACAGUGGGUUGAUUCUCAAGUUCAAGCCAGUCUGCAGGCGCAAGCUAGCCAUUUGGAUGAGUCCUCAGUUCAGGCAAGAGGAGCCCAUCAUAUCAUCGUUCAUCCGACAAGCUGUGAAUCACAGAGGAUCGAAAUGGGAGGUCCAGCAGCGUCGAGAGGCGGAUGCCUUGCUGGGGACGUCGGCAGAAGCAGCUCAAGGUCGAGAUGAUCGGUGGCGUGACAAAGUCAGCAUGUUAAAGGAGAUCUCCAAGUUGGACUAUGACAAGUCCGGCAAAUGCGGUCGUCAUCGUUGA